CGUCUGACGUUACUUCCGCCUCCGCUUCCGGUUGCUGAGUUUGGAACUACGUGGCUUUCGGCAGGGAGAGAGACCGAGCGACAGUCAGCUAGCUAUGGACCAGGUGAUGCAGUUCGUGGAGCCGAGCCGGCAGUUUGUGAAGGACUCUAUCCGCCUCGUCAAGCGCUGCACCAAACCCGACAGGAAAGAAUUCCAGAAAAUUGCCAUGGCAACAGCAAUAGGCUUUGCAAUAAUGGGAUUUAUUGGAUUCUUUGUGAAACUGAUCCAUAUCCCCAUCAACAACAUAAUUGUGCCCUAUGGAGAUAUUCAUCUGCUUGAAAAUGAUUUUGCUCCCUCCUGUUUUACAGCGGUGGCUGAACACUCACUGGGAAGACCAGUCAACAGAAGCUGGAGCCUGAUGGACAGUGGGAGGGAAGAGUUGGGGGCUUUUUUUUUUUUUUUGCUUACACAUGUUCCAUGUAUCUGUAUCUGCAUCUGCUAUUUAAUACAAUAAAUCCCUAUUUUGGAUUUUAAAAAA